CUAGUGCCUCGUGUGGUCGGAAUGUCUAUCCCUCGUGCUACAGACGCCAAGCUGUGGGCACUGUUCACUCUGGCACACUUCAAACCUUUCAGUGCAUUGUCCCCUCUCUUGCACAAAGGCGAAAAUGUGAUAGAGGUGUUUCGGACGUACUCAUUUUCACCGCGAUCCCGUACAGUCAUGACCAAUUGGGAAGCAGUUCACGAGUGUGAGGAUGAAAGAGAU